UGGGUGUAAGUGUGCAGGCAGGCAAGCAUAUGGGAAGUGGCGUGCAGCAUUUGCCUUACUGUGAGUGUUUAUUUGUGUACAUGAGCAGGGGUGUGCCUUCACCCCAAUAUAAAGGGACUGAGAAGUGAAAUAAGGACUAUAACGCUGAUUAAACUGACCUACCUCGGAUACUAAGGCCACUUUUCAUUCAUCGCACUUGUGGCAUCUACCAUCAGAGCAAAAUGGCAGAAGAACAGAAGUUUUCAGAAACAUCUGUCCAACUCACUGAAGCUGCUCCGCAGACAGUGGGCAGUGGUUUUACAGCCCCUGGAAACAUUUAUUCAGCCAUUUUGAGCCGUAAUGAGGCUGUUAAAGAUGCCAGGCGGCUCAAGGACUUUCAAGAGCUUAGAGAUAAAUAUGUACGCAAGAAAGUGCUGUUUGAAGACCCCCUGUUCCCAGCUCAGGACUCCUCUCUCUUUUACAGUGAAAAGUUCCCUUUAAAGCUUGAAUGGAAGCGCCCAAUGGAAAUUUGUAAAAAUCCACAGUUCAUUCUUGGAGGAGCCAAUAGGACUGACAUCUGCCAAGGAGACCUGGGAGACUGUUGGCUGUUGGCUGCCAUAGCUUGUCUGACCCUGAAUGAUGUUAUCCUGAAGAGGGUGGUUCCUCAUGACCAAAGCUUCACUGAAAACUAUGCUGGCAUUUUCCAUUUCCAGUUUUGGCGCUAUGGUGAGUGGGUGGAUGUGAUUAUUGAUGAUCGACUUCCCACAUACAAAAACAAGCUGGUGUUUACCAGGUCUGGACAGAAUAAUGAAUUUUGGAGUGCUCUCAUGGAAAAGGCAUAUGCAAAGUUACACGGCUCUUAUGAAGCUUUAAAGGGAGGAAACUCAUUGGAGGCUAUGGAGGACUUCACCGGAGGAGUAACUGAGUUCUACGAGAUUACAGAAGCCCCAAAAGAGUUGUACAACAUUAUGAGGAAGGCUCUGAAGAGAGGAUCCCUCAUGGGCUGUGCCAUAGACACUUUGGUUCCAACUGCUCAAAGGACUAAAACUGCAUCUGGACUUGUGCGAGGCCACGCAUAUUCAGUCACUGGAGUUGAGCAGGGUAAACGAAAGGAUGGUAAAGACCUAAUGAUCCGUCUGAUUCGUGUGCGAGACCCUUGGGGUGUUGCCCCCCCUCCUGCUUGUAAAUCUAAUGACUGGGUUGAACUGGCCAAAACUGAACAAGACAAGCAGCGACUACAGCCUGGAGGGCAAGGGGAGUUCUGGAUGUGCUUUGAGGAGUUUCAGAAGAACUUCACCAAACUGGAGAUCUGUAAUCUUACCCCAGACACUCUUGAGGAUGACCGGAUGUUCAAGUGGAAUGUGACUGUACAUGAGGGACGAUGGGUGAAAGGUUGUUCUGCUGGAGGCUGCAGAAACUUUCCAGACACAUACUGGACAAACCCUCAAUUCCGGCUGGUUCUUUUGGAGGCGGACGCUAAAGAGAAGACCUGCACAGUGGUGGUGGCACUAAUGCAGAAGGGCAGGCGAGUAGAGCGCUGCUCAGGAGCUACCCUACACAACAUUGGGUUUGCCAUCUAUGAGGUUCCUAAGGAGAUGAAGGGCAACCAACAACAACAGCUGUCGAAGGAUUUCUUCCUUUAUAAUGCCUCCACAGCUCGCUCCAAGUCUUACGUCAACAUACGUGAGGUGACAGAGCGUUUCUGCCUGAAACCAGGCGAGUAUGUCAUCAUUCCAUCCACCUUCGAUCCCCACAAGGAGAGCGAGUUUCUGCUUAGAGUCUUCUCUGAGAACAGAAGCACCUCAGAAGUUAUAGAUGCAGAGAUUGAAGCGGAGCUCAUGCAGGUAGAUAACGUCAAGAAGAAAAUCAAGCCAUUUGAGGAAGAGGAGACUGAAGAGGAAAAGCAGUUCAGGGCCAUCUUUCAGCAGAUAGCUGGAGACGAUAUGGAGAUUAAUGCCAAUGAGCUCAGGACUGUCCUAAACAGAGUGGUUGCCAAACAUAAAGAGCUAAAAACAGAGGGCUUCAGUCUGGAGAGUUGCAGAAGUAUGAUCGCACUCCUGGAUACUGAUGGAACAGGCCAUCUAAACCUGCAGGAGUUCAAACACUUAUGGAACAAGAUUAAACAGUGGAAGCUGGUGUUUACACGUUUCGACACGGACAAAUCCAGUACAAUCAGCAGUUUUGAGAUGAGGAACGCACUUACUGACGCAGGUUUUCAACUCAACAAUCAGCUGUAUGACAUCAUUUGCAUGCGAUAUGCCAAUGAACACAUGGAGCUGGAUUUCGACAGCUACAUUAGCUGCUUAGUGCGACUGGAGGGGAUGUUUAGGGCGUUCAGAGCCUUUGACAAGGAUGGUGAUGGACUUAUCAAGCUCAAUGUUUUUGAGUGGCUUCAACUGACAAUGUACGCCUAAAGACAAAAACACAGAAGACAGCCUGGCAAAACUGAAGUUGGUAGAAACUACAUAUUGUGCGCAUCUAUUAGGUGGAGCAGUGCAGACAGAAAGAGCUACAUCUGAAUCUAAAUUAAUUCUUCUACAAAUGCUGGUCAAGAACAAACCAAAUUGAUUUUGAGCUACUGAAUGGACCAUAAUGCCUCAUUCAGACUGCUCCUUUAAACUCAAAUGUUGACAUCUAAACACAUCAUUCUUAUAAACGAUGUGUGCUUCUGUGCAACUGUAAAUAAUUAAACCGAAUAAAGUGUUUCACCAUUCUAUUCCA